UGGGCACAGGUGGGUGGCACUGGUGGGCACAGGUGGGUGGCACUGGUGGGCACAGGUGGGUGGCACUGGUGGGCACAGGUGGGUGGGCACAGGUGGGUGGCACUGCUGGGCACAGGUGGGUGCACUGCUGGGCACAGGUGGGUGCACUGCUGGGCACAGGUGGGCGGAACUUGUGGGUGGCACUGCUGGGCACCGAUCAUCAGGGCACUGAUCAUCAGUGGCCCUGAUGAUCGGUGCCGAUCCUCGCUCUGACAACUGCCGGUUCUCGGCAGUACUUUCCUCACGAUCUGACAGCGUGAGGAAAGUGCAGCCGAGAACCGGCACUUGCAU